AUGUUAGGGCACAAGGAGUAUGACUACUCUUCCGUAGAGGGAGAAGAAGAAGAGGCCUUCCUAAGCAAUGGUACUUCCGAGAGAAAUGAGAGACAACCGUUGCCAUUGACAAGGUCAAAGCUCUCCUGGUUGCUAUAUGCCACCGUAACGGUAACCUCGCUUCUUACAGGAAUUGUCAUUGGUUACAAUUCUCGAAGAGGAACAGUUGAGAAAGGUCUUACGUUUGCAGACACCUCUCACCUCAGACUCUACAACGGAAUAAAUUUUGAGACGCACGAGCAACGAUUCAAUGGUUCGCUGUUCAAAAGAAGUGCAUACAGUGGCCCUCCAACUCCCGAGAUGGAUCAAACCUGGGAAACAAUGCCAGACUAUCCUCCAGUGCUGAAUAUUUCGACAGAAGAUGCGCGAGCAUCCACAAGCUAUCCACUCAAGACGGCAGUUCAUCUCAAUGAGACACAAAACAUCGGCUAUAUGGCCAGUUUGGGAUUUUUCCAUCAAAUUCACUGCCUUAACAUGCUUCGGAAGUUCAUCUAUCUCGAUUAUUACAAAGAGACCCAGCCCGAUUGGUACACACAGCCAUAUCUACAAGGCCAUGCAGAUCACUGCGUCGAUAUGCUGCGCGAAUCCAUCAUGUGUCACGGCGAUACUACCCUGAUCGUGUACCACUGGAUCAAUGGUUAUGCUGAUCCAGUACCCGAUUUCAGUACUAUGCAUACUUGCCGGGAUCCGGAGGCUAUCUUAGAUUGGAUGCAAACGAACCAAAUCAUACUCAAGGAAGCAGUUUAUAAACAUGGAGAAAUGGAUCUUCCUGAAAUAUUUUGA